UGUCAUAUCACACAUUUUGGUCAAGCCGUUGAAAAUUUCCCGUGAAUGAAAAAAUUCGUAGUUAAAUGAUUUAAUGUCUGUCGUACAGCUAGUGAAGAAUCUCAUAGCGAAAAAUACAACAAAUUCACGUUUAUUAGUCCCAAAUGCUAGAAUUGUGUCGAGAGCGGGGCUUUGCGAUGCCGCUAGAGGAGCCAACGCGCCUCAGGUACUGCCCGGUCUGCUUAAGCAGCUCGUAGACGAACCGAAGAGGUUCCGGCUGUACUACGGCCGUCCCAGCUUGGUCGACCCGCCCCCAGAUAAUCGAGUAUGGUGUCCUCCUGCGUUGCCGGGGAGCGGCGAACCAGCUUUGCUAGGCAGUAGUCGCUGCAAGAGGAAGAAGUGCAAAAGGAAGGCGAAAAAGUACAAGCGCAAGUACAAGAAGUACAAGAAGAAGGCCAAAAAGUACAAGCGCAAAUAUAAGAAAUGCAAGAAGAAGAGGAAGAAGUGUAAGAAGAAGAACAAGAAGUAUAAGAAGAAGUACAAGAAGUGUAAGAAGAAGAAGAAGAGGUGUAAGAAGAAGAAGAAGAAGUGCAAGAAAAAAUUAAGGAAGCACAAGAAAAAGUGCGCUCCAGGUGACGAGAUGGCUGGUAUGCCGGUCAUUGUGAAAUGAUCAGUGUAAAUCUAUCAGUUUUUUUCUUUGUGAAUUAUUUUAACCAUCAAAUGUAUACUAAAUAUGGAGAUUAA